UCAAUAAAUCGGUUCUAUCAUAAUGAGGUGUAUUAUAAGUGGUAGGUAUCGUGGGUAAUUAACCAUGUCACUUGGCCCAAGACUUGUGAAUGUAUAAUGAUUUGAGUCGCAGUUGUGCUUUGUCACUGUGUUGUGUUCAUCGAUUACGGUUGCCUGCUUCGAAUAUUUCCAAGAUGGUGGAAGUGAAAGAAGCUGCCCCAGUGGCUGGAGAGCCGAAGCUCAGCAAGAGUCGGGAAGCGAACUGGCCAGCGGUCCUUUUCUUCAUACACAUUCACCUGUUGUCUCUAUAUGGAACUUACCUUUUGUUCUUCGAAGUCAAAAUGAUGACAGCCCUGUUUUUUAUAGUACUGACAUCAGUGGCAUUAUUGGGCAUGACGACCGGAGCACAUAGGCUGUGGGCACACCAAACUUACCAGGCUAGCACAGGACUGAGGAUCACACUCAUGUUGUUCCAGACUUUAGCUGGAGUUGGAUCUAUAUACGACUGGGUGAAAUACCACAGAUUCCACCACGCUCACUUCGCCACAGAUGUUGAUCCUUACGACUACAACCAGGGCUUCAUUCACUCACACUUCUUAACCCGUCUGAGGAAACUAAGUCCUCAUCAGGAGAAGUUGAUGGAAUCGAUAGACAUGUCUGACCUUGAAAAAGAUUCCGUCGUUAUGUUCCAAAAGAGAUUGUACUGGGGUCUUUACGCUAUUAUAUUCUUGUUGCUGCCUCUAAAUGCUCCUCUCGAGUACUGGGAUGAUAGUAUUCUCGCUUCAGCAUUUGUCAUCGGUUUCCUACGUUACCUGGUCGUCUUACAUGGAACCUGGUUGAUUGAGAGCGCUAUUUCUGUUUGGGGACUGAAGCCUGGAGAAAAGUCACCUCCGGACUCCAACACAGUAUUCAUUUUGACCAAGACUUUCUGGCCUCACUACCACUACCUGGUGCCAUAUGACUACAAAUCUGGAGAAUACGGAACCUAUGAUUCUGGUUGUUCCACGGCUUUCAUCCGCGUAUGGGCAGCACUCGGUCUAGCAACAAAGCUACGGACCGUUGAGACUGUCACUAUCCAGAAGGCUUUAGCUGACGCUGCAAGGUCCAAGAAGGACCUGAAGACCUGCAUAGAUGCAGCUGUCAAUCACCAACAGCUGCCCGCAGAUCAUUAUCUUAAGAGAGCUUAAUGAUACUUUAUAAUUAGUCUUAUUUAGGUUUAUUGUUAUUGCAUUGUAAUAAAUUUGUAUUUAGUACA